AUGACUUGUCAAAAAUCAGAAACUUUAAAAAAUACAUUUAUUCUCAAACGCAUCGGUAGUAAUCCUCGUGCAAUAGCACGUAAUAGUAUCCCUAAACAUAAAAAGAAUAGUCCCAAUCAAACAUCGAUAGAUCCCGCACUUAUAGACAAGCCUCCAUUCCCACCAACUAUUCUACCUUGUGAACUUGUUUUUAAUAGAAAUGCCACAAACAUCCAUAAAAAAAGCCCAAACGUUUUUUUUAUUUAUCGUAGAGCCUUCGUAAAACACCUCCAAAAAUCCAAAAUAUCAAUCAAAAUGACCGAUCUUUCAAAAGUUGUCAGCUUUCAUUGGAAUUCAGAACCUCCGCACGUUAAAGAAGAAUACACCAGGAUUGCCAAUGAAGUUGAUGAUUUGUUAGAAAAACAAAAAAAAUCGAUUAAAGGAUUUCAAUUCGUUGACCAAACUGUUGUAACAGCUGAAAAACAAGACAGCGCAACAAUUUCUUCAAAAGUUAUUAUUGAACCUAGGAAUAAAUAUAACAGUGUCAUUAAUGGUGAUAAUAAUACCAAUAGAAAUUACAACACUGGUAAUAAUUAUCCAAUCCAAGGCUGGAUUAGCACUUCCAAUUACCACGAACAAUCAACAACACUCACUCCCUCAUCAACAAUGUCAUUGUCUCCUAACCCUUCGGAAGCUGAUUCAAUUUAUGAACCAUUUAUUAGAGAAAAAUAUGCUGUUGUGCCAGAUAAUGAUCAUUUAGCUUUAUAUAACGAUAAUGAUUUGCAAAUACCUCAAGAUAAUGAUGUUUCGAUAGAAAAUCAUCAAUGCACUCAAUAUGAUUCCUCGUGUCAAAAUUUUCUUGUCAAUAAUUAUGAAUUUAGCAUAGUUCACAUGCAACAAUUAUUUGAAUAUUAUAAUUACUCUAAUUCUUUUGAACAGGAUGAUUUGAAUCAAAGUCAAGAUGAAUUUUCCUAUUCUUCUGAUAACUCUAGUGGUCUUCUUUUAUGA